AUGACUGUUAAGAUCUGCUUUUUUGAUGUGCAGGAGGAAAUUGAUAUACCUUUUGAAGAAGAAAUUCUACGUAAUCCGUAUACUUUGAAAUCAUGGUUUCGAUAUAUUGAACAUAAAGCAGGGCAACCUAUACAACAAAGAAUUUUUGUACAUGAACAACAAGUUCAAGAUUUAAAUCCAGCUAGAUAUGAAAAAGGACAUUUAAAAGUUAAUAAUUGUUUCGAGAGAGCGCUGGUGUUAUUACAUAAGUUGUAG